UCGACUGGGCCGAAAUGAAUAACAACUUCCCCCUGUUCCUGACUUCUAUAAACCGUGCGAGGGACCUGAGGAUCUCCCACUCAGGAGGAAACGUGCAGUGAAGUUUGCGCCUGUGUUUGGGACAACCUACGGCCGUGAGCGGUUUCUUUUCCAAAACUGACUCAUGCAAAGAGAGACUGACUUACCCAAAGCAGGAAAAACCAGCUGAGUAUCAUCAUCAUCAUCACUACCAUCUGACAUCUGACGAUUCGCAUUAAAGAGCAGGUCAAGAGGCCGCAGCAGCUGCCGGCGACACCCUGCCCUCCAUCGCCCUGCCUGCAGAAACAAACAAGGCUUUAGACCUGCACUGACCUCCAUCCUACCAUCUAUGCCUCCACCUUUAAGCUGGUGACUGUCCGCACCACUGCGACAACGAGGGCACCGUGGACGACACGGCGGAUAUGGUUUCUGGUCCGGAUCUGUGGCAAAACAACAGUGUCUCGUUCAACACGACGUCCGCGACCACCGUCACUUUGUCACCGAUUCUGGACAAAACACUCAGUAUGUUCGCGAUAGUGUUCUCCAUCAACACCAUGAUUUCACUGGGAUGCGCCAUGGAUUGGUCCAAAAUAAAGAAUCACGUCAUCAAGCCUAAGGGAGUGGCCAUUGCGUUGGUGUCUCAGUACGGUGUCAUGCCUCUGACAGGAUUUUGUCUCGCUAAGGCGUUCCAGCUGAGCGGCAUUACUGCCACGGUGAUCCUGAUCUGUGGCUGCUCUCCUGGAGGACAGUUGUCCAACCUCAUGACUCUGGCUCUGCAGGGAGACGUGACCCUCAGCAUGGUGAUGACCUCCUGCUCCAUGUUCAUGGCUCUGGGCAUGAUGCCCCUGCUGCUCUACCUCUACUGUAAGGGUUUCCCCAACCUGCACAAAGCCGUGCCCUACGGCAGCAUCAUCCUAUCCCUGUUCCUGACAACCAUUUGCAGCGGGCUGGGCAUCCUCAUCAACCACUUCAGGCCGCAGUACUCCAAGACCAUCACAAAGGUUGGCCUCUCUAUAUCGCUGGUCGCUUCUGUGGGGAUCAUCAUGGCAGUGGGCUUUAACUUCGGCGUCUCCAUCCUGUUGGUGCUGUCUCCUCCGCUGGUGGCCACCGCCGCCCUUAUGCCUUUCAUCGGCUACGUCUUCGGAUACAUCAUCUCCUCGGUCUGCAGACUCAACCAGGCGGAGCGGAGGACCGUCGCCAUGGAGACGGGCUGUCAGCAGAUCCAGCUGUGCAUCACCAUACUGAAGAUAGUCUUUCCUCCCGCGACGAUGGGCCCCCUGUUCAUUUUCCCCAUCCUCCUCUUGGCCUUCCAGUUAAUUGAGUCGGGUGUGAUCGUUGCGCUGUUCAAAGCUCACCAGAGGUUCACGCCGAAAGAGAAAGAGCCCUACAUGCCUGCACUCACCGAGGACAACGGGCCUCAAACAUCAUCUGAUGUUUCUCCCAGUAAUGCGAUCUCCUGCUGACCAGAGCAAGAUGGAAGUCUAGAACGAAGCCCUGGGGAUCUCACACUACUUGGAAAUAGGACAGCCAUUUCUGAACUGUGUUUCCUUUUAUAAAGCACAGAUGAGGACAAAAAGUCAUGACUUAAGUUAAAAUGUUUUUAUUGAGUCCACUGUAUUCUUUACAGCAUACAAACGUCCAUUAUAUUUGCCACUGAAAAUACAAUCCAAAUGUAAAAAAAUGUAGUUUCUUUCCACAACAUUGUCCACAUGUUCAUUCGAACCACAGUAACACCUGUCACAGUACCAACAAGUUUUCUUGGAAUUACAUUUAACACAAAGUAUGUAAAACAAAAGUCUCCAUGCUGUACACAAAAAAAAGUAGAAAGAAAAAAAAGAUAAAA